CAGAUCCGCAGGUCUGCUCCAACCUAAUUUACACUUAGCAUACCGAAUAAACCGGUCUCGAAUUUGACGCAUACUUUAUACACACCUCUUUUCCUCCAUCUUAGCUUUCAGCCAUGAAACCUGAAAGCCGUGGUGAUUUCAGGGGUGGGAGGGGUCGUGGCCGCGGUGGAUUUCGAAAUAGCUUCGGCGGUGAGAGCAAUAGGGGUGGAUUUGCGGAUAACAGAGGGGGUCGUUUCAGCGACCGUGGUGGUUUCCGUGGUCGGGGCGAUGCAGCUGGCCGCGGAUUCAGAGGUGGGCGGGGAACCCCGCGUGGUCGUGGUGGCAGAGGAGGAUUUCGCGGUGGAAAACGUGUCAUAAUUGAGCCACAUCGUCACGAAGGGAUUUUCUUGGCCAAAGGAAAAGAGGACUGUCUCGUGACUAGAAAUGCUGUAGUUGGCGAGUCAGUUUACGGCGAGAAGCGCAUUAGUGUGGAGGAUGAUUCAGGGGAAAAAGUCGAAUACCGCGUUUGGAACCCUUUUCGCUCCAAACUUGCUGCCGGAAUUGUAAAUGGUCUAGAUCGAAUUCACAUUGCUCCCGGUACCCGGGUCCUCUAUCUUGGUGCAGCAAGUGGAACCACUGUCUCGCAUGUUUCAGACAUCGUGGGUCCUGACGGAGUUGUGUACGCUGUUGAGUUCUCACACCGAUCUGGUCGAGAUUUACUGAAUGUCGCAAAGCACCGAACGAACAUAGUACCGAUAAUAGAGGAUGCCCGUCACCCUCAUAAAUACCGGAUGCUUGUUGGAAUGGUUGAUUGUAUCUUCGCCGAUGUCGCACAACCCGAUCAGUCAAGAAUAGUAGGAGUCAACGCUGAAUACUAUCUGAAGAACGGCGGCCACGCAGUUAUCUCUAUAAAAGCUUCUUGUAUAGAUUCCGUUGCGGCACCAGAAGUCGUCUUCGCCAAAGAAGUAGACACACUGCGUAAAUCGCAGUUUACUCCUCGUGAACAAGUGACCUUAGAGCCAUUCGAGCGUGGCCACGCUAUGGUCACUGCUCAGUACAGAGCUCCAAAGAAAUCAAAGACGGAAAGCUGAUCAACGCAACACCCGUCUGUAAAUACGUACUGUCUACAUAUACUUACAGUGAAUCUUCUCGUUCUUCCACUUAGUAGCUGCCAACGGAGGAGUCACUGCGCUGAUUCAAUAUUACCUACUGCUGCUUUAACGAGUCACUUAUUUCAGUGUCUUCGGUCACAUAGACAGACCUAUUUGUGUCGUGGUUUUGAUAGUUAGGAAGCUACGUUGAAAUCGUUCUUUUACUUUUUUCGCUUCUUUGCUGCCAAGUGUUAG